AUGGCCACCGAGAUACGAACGAGGCAACCUGUUGGCGGCGACAGAGGGGCAGGCGGUGGAGCCCGCGGUCGAUGCGGCUGGAGGCGGGCACGUGCCGCCCCCGCCCCCGCUCCACGUGUCACGCACAGCUCCCUGCACCCCGGGGGCGGCGCGCGCUUACAGUCGGCGUUCCCCUGCGGGCUGUGUGGAGGCAGUAAGCAGGUGAUCCGCGCGCUGCAGCUGUGGCCAGAGCUGGGCGCAGCCACACCACUACUUGCUGUCAUCUGCUGCCAAGCACUGCACUCGGAAGCGAGAGGCCCGUCGGCCGCCACCGGCUACGUGGAGUGGCACGCGCCCGACCGGCCGGACGCGCUGCUGCUGCCCGAGUACGACUUCGUGGUGGUGGGCGCCGGCACCGCGGGCUCAGUCGUCGCCGCCAGGCUCUCGGAGGUCCCCGGCUGGACGGUGCUGCUGCUGGAGGCCGGCAUGGACGAGUCUGUGCUGACGGACAUCCCCAUCUUCGUGGGCUACUUCCAGCUGACCAACUACAACUGGGGCUACCGCGUGCAGCCGCAGCAGGGCGCCUGCCUCGCCAUGAGAGACCGCCGGUGCGAGUGGCCGCGCGGCAAGGCGCUGGGCGGCACCUCCGUCAUCAACUACAUGAUCUACACCAGGGGCCACCCCGGCGACUACGACUCGUGGCGCGACAUGGGCAACCCCGGCUGGGGCUACCGCGACGUGCUGCCCUACUUCAAGAAGUCCGAGAACGCCCGCCGGCUGCGCACCAAGGACGCGGGCUUCCACGGCGAGGACGGCCCGCUGGACGUGGAGACGCCGACGUUCCGCACGCCGCUGGUGGAGGCCUUCCUGGACGCGGCGGCCGAGGCGGGCUACCCGUCGCGGCGCGACUACAACGGCGCGCGCCACGACGUCUUCGGCUACGUGCAGUCCAACACGCGGCGCGGCUCGCGCUGCUCCGCCAACAAGGCGUUCGUGCGGCCGGCCGCGCGACGGCCCAACCUGCACGUCGCGCUGCACGCGCACGUCGCCGGCGUCGACGUGGAGGCCGGCCGCGCCGCCGCCGUGCGCUUCCUGCGCGGGGGCCGCAUGCUGCGCGUGCGCGCCAGGAAGGAGGUGAUCCUGUCGGCGGGCGCGCUCAACACGCCGCAGCUGCUGAUGCUGUCCGGCAUCGGUCCCGCGGAGCACCUGCGCUCGCUCGGCAUCCCCGUGGUGGUGGAUGCGCCCGGCGUGGGCGAGAACCUGCAGGAGCACGUCACCUACCUGGGCCUCACCUUCCUCGUCAACGACAGCGUCGCCUUCGUGGAGAGCCGCAUGCAGCAGCCGGCCGUCAUCCUGCAGUACCUCUUCAACGGCACCGGCCCGCUCACCGUGCCCGGCGGCGUCGAGGCCGUCGGCUACGUUCACACGCCGCUCCACGACGACCCGUACGGCCGGCCGGACGUGGAGCUGCUGUACGCGUCGGGGUCGCUCAACUCUGACGGCGGCGGCGCCCUGCGGAAGGGCUUCGGCAUCAGCGACGACUUCUACGAGCGCAUGUACCGCUCCGUCGACAACAGGGACUCCUGGACCAUCUGGCCGCUGCUCAUGCACCCGCGCAGCCGAGGACGGGUGCGGCUGCGCACGGCGAACCCGCUGCACUGGCCGCUGUUCGAGGCGAACUUCUUCUCGGACGAGCGCGACCUGCGCGUGCUGGUGGCGGGCAUCAGGGAGGCGGUGCGCAUCGCCGGCCGGCCGCCGCUGCAGAGGUUCGGGUCGCGGCUGCACGCCACGCCGGUGCCCGGCUGCGAGCACCUCGGGGGCGGCGGGGGCGGCGGCGGCGGCGAGCAGCCGGACGAGUACUGGGAGUGCGCGGCGCGCCGGCUGUCGGGCACGCUGCACCACCAGUCGGGCACCUGCAAGAUGGGCCCCGCCAGCGACGCCGCCGCCGUCGUCGACGCGCGCCUGCGCGUGCGCGGCGUCGCGGCGCUGCGCGUCGCCGACGCCUCCGUCAUGCCCACCGUGCCCACGGCGCACACCAACGCGCCCACCUACAUGAUCGGCGAGAAGGCCGCCGACAUGGUCAAGCAGGACUGGGGCGCCGUCCCGGCCAUCCCGGCCCCGGACACCACGUCUGCCCAGCCGGAGACGGCGGCGCGGGCCCGGCAGCCCUAGGCGGCCCGCCUCCCGUACUACACCCGUCAGCACUCGAUCUUUGUCAUUCUCGGCACUUCAGAAAUACAGCAUAAGAUAGCCGUGAAGAGAGAUCGAAACUGCAUUAAAGGACGAGACUCAAACUUAUACUGACGACAGGCGACACAGAAUUCGAUAUUUUUAUGUAAGGAAUCAGUGUCGAAAAUUAAUACUUAGAUCCAUUAUCAAAUGUAAGCGCUAGCCACGCAAAGUGUAAAUAUAUACACGAUCUCUUUCGGGCCCCUAGCUGUUCAGUUCCAAAUGUAGAAACACACAAGUACCUAAAAUACUGACAGAUCUUCAUUGGUCGGCAGGAAACAAGUCCAAUUUUGGCAGUUUAACACGACUCACUUACAUCCCUCAACAUGAAGGCUAUUUACAUUUGUGCAUCUUCAGGCCAAACACGAAAAAAUAAUCCCCCUUAAAAUAAUCAAAAUAGACUUAUAUGCUUUUUAUUAAUAAAGGAAAUGAAUUUCCUCUAUUUAGUCCGUGAUCACUGUGAAUAUUUUAUAGUUGUAAAUCUGUCUAGAUCGCGUAUUAAAAUUUUUUUAAUUACGACUUUUCGGUUACUUCCAUCAUCAUCAAAUAUCUGCAAUUAAGAUGAAAGGAAAAUGAAAGGAGACAGGCGUUUGUGACCCAACAACGAGCUAACAACAGAUAAUAAAUUAAAACGGCAGAAAUAUUUUUAAAGUACACUCCUCAAAAAGCUUAGAACUUGAAAAGUAAGGUUCUGCGUCAGUACUGAAAAUUAUACCUAAUUGGGGCGAGCCGGCCUCGGUGGUCUAGCGGUUCUAGGCGCGCAGUCCGGAACCGCGCGACUGCUACUGUCGCAGGUUCGAAUCCUACCUCGGGCAUGGAUGUGUGUGAUGUUAGGUUAGUUAGGUUUAAGUAGUUCUAAGUUCUAGGGGACUGAUGACCACAGUAGUUAAGUCUCAUAGUGCUCAGAGCCAUUUGAACCAUUUUUAAUUGGGGCGACAACUAGCAACUUGCUUCAAAAAAUUUUGCACAGAGGUAAGUUUUAGUCGACGGGUGGCGCUAGUCUUGCUGACGUCCUCCUCAAAUUUUGUCUCAUUUUAUUCUUUAUACAUAUUUUUGUCUCUUCAUACAUAUAAAAAUGAAGAUAUCUUUAAAAUAUAAACAUUCAAAGUGAAAUUAUAAAACGAGUGUAACACCAUGCUCGUCAAAUUACCUAUUAGAUGCCACUAA